GAGAUACUAUUACUAAAAAGCCAUGGCCUUUCUUCUGCCUCCUCCUCUUUGCUUUUGACCCUCCCUCAUGUAACUUCACCUUUCUCAUAUUCAAAACCCCAGAAUAUCUCUCUAUCCACCUAUCUUCAUCUCUCUCUCUCUCUCUCUCAAACUCUGAAUUUAAAUGGCUGAUGUUGUUCGAUUACAAUUCCAUUCGCUUCGGUUCUCUUCGUCUCUGCUCACCUCUUUGAAUUCUCUGCAACCGGGUCUCUUUGUUAACCAAAACCCAUUUAGGAGGGCCUAUGCUCUCUCUGAUUCUUCCCUUGCUCGCUUUGCUUACAGACCCAGAAAGCAGUUGGUACAUUUCAAGGUACAGGCCGCUGUCACUGAAACAGACCAGCCAAAAUGGUGGGAAAGAAGUGUUCCGAAUAUGAUUGACAUACAUUCUACUCAAGAAUUCUUGAGUGCUUUAGGUCAAGCUGGAGAUAGAUUAGUUAUUGUAGAAUUCUACGGCACUUGGUGUGGUUCUUGCCGUGCAUUAUUUCCUAAGCUCUGCAGAACAGCUGAGGAUCACCCUGAGAUUCUAUUCCUGAAAGUGAAUUUUGAUGAGAAUAAGCCAAUGUGCAAGAGUAUGAACGUGAAGGUCCUUCCCUAUUUCCACUUUUACCGUGGAUCUGAGGGACAGCUGGAAUCCUUUUCAUGUUCACUUGCUAAGUUCCAGAAAAUAAAGGAUGCUAUUGAAUUACACAACACUGCUCGCUGCAGCAUCGGCCCUCCAAAGGGUGUUGGAGAUCUUAAACUUGAACCUUCCUUGGUUCAGAAGGACAAAUCCUCAGAAUCUGCUUCAGCAUAGAUCUUCUUCAACUCAAGUGAUUGUAUUAAGGGGCGUCAGUCCAUAUCAUCAACCCCAGCAUAGUCAAGACAGCACUCUACUUGUAUUCUGUAUAUUUCCUUCUAUGUAAAAGAAUCCCAUAUGUUGCCAGUCAGCCACAUUCUUUGCCAUUCUUGUUCUGAAAGCCAUGUAUGUAUUUGAAAAUUCAGUGUACAAGCAAUUCCAGGUUCUUAAUAUAAAGAGUAAUUUAUUCUGUCA